AUGAAUCAAGAACAAUUCGUCAUGCAACAAGUAAAAUUUCGUGUUAACGCAAAGCCGAAAAUUUCAAAACUAAUUUUGAAUGAUAAGCAAAAAGAGGAAUUAACAAAUAUUUUCAAUUUUCAACCUAAUCUAUCGGAUCUUAGUAAAGAGAUUUUUACUACUAAAAUAUGGACAGAAAGUGAAGAAGAUCAAAAUGAGGCUAAAGAGUAUUUGAGUUUUCAAGGACUUUGGCCUCCUUAUGUUAGUUUUCCAACUUCAAGAUGGAAGACUCGUUGGAGUGAUAAAAAGAAUGGUGCAACUUUAUAUCAAUGUUGUUGUGGAUCCGAUAUGGAAUCUGCAAGAAAAACAAGAAAAAUUGAAGUCGAAAAACAAAGAAAACUUCGACAAAUGUAUGAUUUUGUUGGAUGUUUAGCUUUUAUUAGAGUAGAAAAAAAUGUUAAUAAUGGAAAGUACCGACGAGUUCAUGGGUACUUGGAACACACUGAAGCUUGCCAUAGAGCAUUGCCAAAGAAAGAUACACCGACUUUAAAGGUUAAUUGUGAUAUUAAAGACAUGACGGAACUUUUGGUUAGAGCAAAUGUAUCUAUAAAAGAUAUUAUAUCUUUAAACCAAUAUUUUAUAAGAAAAAAAUUAUCAGGAAGAACGACGUUAGAAGGUCAAUAUUUUCUAGUUACAAUUUAUGACGUUAAGGAUGCAAGACGUUGGAUUAAAACCCAAAAACAAUGGCCCAUCAACGUGAAUCGAUCCGUUGAUUAUAAUCUCGAAUACUAUUUUGGCGAGGGUGCUCAAGAUCCAGAUUUAUUCCGUUCAGCGAUUUAUUUCGAAAAACGAAAACAUCGUCAUGAUCACGUUUGUUUAGUGCUAGCAACUGAAGAGCAACUUUCUCUAGCAUGGCAAUAUGGCCAUGAAAAAUGUAUUAUUUUAGAUGAUUCUUUCGAAACUGGAAACAAAAAAUUGUUAUUAUAUGUUAUCAUGGUUAUUGAUGAGCAAAACAAAGGUAUACCUGUGGGAUAUCUGCUAUUUUCUAAAUCAAAUAGCCCUCACGCGAUGGAAGAGAACAAUAAUGAAGAUAUAAUUCUUCAAAAACUAUUAAUUGAAUAUAAAAAACGAUUGAAUAACAGUAACGGAAACUCUCAAGAGUUUACUCCAAGGAUUGCUAUUAUUGGAGAUUUUAGGGAACGUGUGGUUUCUCAAGUCUGGAACGGGAUUGAUUUGUUAUAUUCACCUCAUAAAGUGCGGCUAUGUUGGGAGACAAAAGCAGAUGAAUUUUUAUUUAAAGGAGGCAGCAAAGCUAUCGAAUGUCGUCAAGCCCUCAGAGAUGAGUUGACAAAUUUAUUUAAUGUAUUAGAACGUGCCUCGGAAAGUGAAAUACGAGCGCAGGUUCAGGAAAUGGAACGGCGUGCAACGGAACGUCAUGCAGAAGCAUUCAAUAAUAAGAUUGAUACAACGAUCUUAUUUUUAUAUAACGGACUAUGCGAGUUUUUAAAAUAUUUGCAAACAAAUUGGAUAAAUGACAUGGAAAUGUGGUCAUAUAGUAACCGAUCAAGAGCUGCCAACAAAAUAGGUGUUAAUGUAAACACAUGGUUAUCAGAGUAUCGAGAAGGAUUCCAAAUACAGUUUAAUUCAAAUCGGAUGUUAAGGUUUCAACAAAGAGGUCACCUUUUGCGUUUGGAUGUUUUAAGUCUUUUACUUUUAAAGUUCAUCACACCUAUUUGUAUUAUACAGCGUCAUUUAUGGAAUUACGUUGAGACAUUUUUCAAAAAUGAAAAGUCAGCACUUGAAGCAGUGCUUCAGGGAGAAGAACUAGAAGAAGGACAAUGGAAAUGUUUACUUGAGCAGCAUAUUAAUACUAUUGCCUUUGAAGAAAAUGACCCAAAAACAUGGCAAGAAGCUACUAAUUUAUUAGGGAAGAGCCUCUCAGUCGAGUAUAAUGGAGAAUCUUUAUAUGUUAUUAUAAACACUGAUAAUUUAAAUCCAGAGACUUGUCGUGAUAAUGAUGAAAUGAACUCUUAUUCAGUUUGCCUUAAACCUAUCUUUAGUUGCCAUUGCUUCCAUUUUCUAGUUAGAGGAGGGUCCUGUGCUCAUAUUAUGGCAGCAGUCUCCUAUGUAAACUGGUUACGCCAACAAUCGGAGAAUUGUAAGGUUGAUAUCAACCUACGGCAUUGGACCAUUCCAUUCAUUAAAUUACCAUCACGGAAGGAAGCACUUUUAGAAUUGCAGCGUCAAACACAGAAAAAAAUGUUUCAAAUUCUACCUUCUAGUGAUAUGUAUGAUAGCGAAUCAGAAAAUGAAUCUGAGGACAUUGAUUCUAUUGAAUCUUAUACAACACCAUACUCUGACUUUAAUAAUUGGACAUCAUCAAGGCAAAUUCCAGAAAAUAAUGAAUCCAUGUCUUCUAUUCAAAUAUGGAAUACUACGUUAUCUUCUGUUACAAAUAAGUUGUUGACUAAUUUCGAUGAUCUUUCACCCCUUGGAAAUAAGCUAAAUCAGAAUCAAGCAAUCAUUCCCACAGGUGUAAAUGCUAGUUUGAAAACAUUAAAUUCGGAGGUGGUCACAAAAUUGAAAGCAGUUUUAGAAAGUGAACAGACUAAAGAUCUGAUCAAUACUUUAAAACAGAUACAAGCCGUCGUGACAGAUCCUUCGGGAGGCAGCAUGAACGAUAGUGGGACAACAAAUAACAAUUCAAUG